AUGCCUGAUCGAAGACGAGGACCUGCCGGCAUGCUUGUCGGCCUUAUCGGAGCUGGUGUGGGUGCAGCAACCGAGUACCACGAGCAUCGCAAGGAGCAAAAACAGCAAAAGCUAUCACGAGAGAACUCUCAGCAGUCGGAGAAUCUUGGUGUCGGUAGCUCUUCUGCCCCACAGCAGUCAUCCAGAGAUCUCGGGCCUUCAUCUGGUGCUCCACCAGUAUACGAGGAUGUACCAAACAACAACAGGGACCGUUUCCUCGCCUCCGGAGGCCCAGUUGCAGAUGAAAAGAAGCAAGACCUCUCCCAGUACGACGAGGACGACGACAGUGACGACUCCAUCUCUACUGAGGAAGACGAAGAGGACUGGGAGCUGGAUGAAGUCGGUGAUCGAGCUUUGGGUAAAGAUCCGGCCGCGCCACCUUCAUAUGUCCAAAGCGAAGCCGACUACCGCUCGACAGACGAGCUCGUGCAAGAUGUCAUGCUCCACAGCCAAUCAGCCGCACGUAACCAGCACAUCCGUCCACACGAGCCACUACCUCUGCCUGUCAUCCUCCCGCAGCGACGACCCGGCACAAAGGCACGUGGCUUCGUACGUGCCUACGCACCUGUCUUGGAUAAUUCUGGGAUCGAUCAGGACACCUUCAUGAGCUUCCUCGAUAACUUCGACAAGUCGUCUCAAGCCUCGCCCAUCUUCACCGUGAUCCAAGUCUCGGCAGCAAUCGCCGGCUUCGCACCUAGCGUCAUCGCCAUGGCCGUCACAACUGCCGUGCAAGUAGCUGCGAAGACAGGGGCCGAGAUUCAAGCGCGACAACGCACGAAUCAUUUCCUUGACCAGGUGAAUGAAGACCUCUUCAAGCCAGCUGGUCUAUACGCCUUCAUUAUGAAAUACAAACCCGACUCCGAAAACAACCAAUCCCUCGCCGCACGCUUCGGCUUCUCAAGCCAAGUCGUCGAUCUCUCCACCAGCCAAACCAUCGCCAAAUACGCCCGCACCAUAAGCGGCGACAGCAACGCCUCCAGAACCAUGGGCGACCGCAUGAAAGACCUCCGCCUCGGAUCCGGCACAACACACGGCAGCCUACGCCUUCCCGAAGCCGCGCCCCUAAUCUUUCCAGCCAUCGACGCCGCAAUCCUCCAAGAUGGCGCAGAAGAAACCUUCAAGACCAAGGCCAAAGGCGCCAAGCUCUUCCUAGCAGACUACGUCGAUCGUCGCAGCCAAAUGAAGUACGCGGCCAACGACCCCGAUUCUGCCUUGAACGUGCCCCAAGACCAACGCGCCUUGAAGUCUAAACUUGCGGACCCGAAUCAUCCCAUGUGGCAAGGCGGCCUCAUAAACAUGGCUACAGGCGGGUAUCUGGAAGGCGGGAAACAGCAGUACCGUUCGAGUAAAAGGUUCGAUAGGGAUGAGAGGCGGGUGUUGAGGUAUGAGCAGCGGAUGGAUCAGGGGAGGAGGUUGAGCCGCAAGAAGCAGAAUCGGUUGGGGUAUGCUGAGCGUGGUAAUGACAGUUAUGGUGAUGCUGGGUAUGGGCGUCGCCGGAGACGGGGGCGGGGCGGAUUGAUUGGCGGGUUGAUCGGUGCUGCUACGGCUGCGGCGUCGGGAUCUUCUUCUUCUUCCAGCCGACCGGUACAGAAUGAGUACGCGCAGAAUGAGUACGGACAGCGAGAUGCUCGAGCGACGGGUUCUGAACCUCUAGCCCCACCUGCGAUGUACCAGCGCUACAGCAGACAUAGCCAACGGGAAGGUCGUGGUGGUGGACGUGGAGGCGCUAUAGGGGCAGUGAAGAGGAUCAUGAAGGAGGAUGUGCUAUACCUCAUGAUUGUGAACAUGCCCUCGGAAGCCGAGUUAGCAGAAGCCCGGCAGGAAUUGGCCAGGAUUAAAAGCCCAUGA